GAUGCUUUCUGGUCCCUUCUGACCCCCUUGUUGUGUGUGAACAGACGGUUCACACACACAGGCUGUAAGGGUGUAAAUGCCUGCAGCACAAUCCUCCGCUACACUUUAGAGUUAAAUAUAAACGUCGUAAAUAUAGUGCUACUGUUUUUUUUAUUUGAUGUCAAAGCUUUGCUAAAUUACUUCCUGGCACAAUAAAAAACACUUAGAUUUUUUUCUGGAAUUUUACGUCUAUUCUUUUAGUUUAAUUUUUUUUUAAAAAAUAUAUAAUUAUGUUACAAAUAACUUUACUUUUAUUAAGUAACGGAGAGAAAGUAGAUAAUAAUUCCUUAGAUCACAAUUUUUUUGGGGAAAAACUUUUUCUUUUCCUUUUUUCUUUUGCACCAGUUAUAAAACUUUAAAUUGUAUGUAGAUUUUUUUUAAAGUCAUUGAGCAGCAGGGUGCAGUGUUGUUUAGUAAUGAAUGUGUCAUUUGAUAAUUGAAUCGAAGUUGUCCUUAUACUCUUUCCACUGUGUCCCAUAAUAAAACAUAAGACACAGCUACUUUAAAUCUGCAUUGAUCUGUUUUUUUUCCAAAAACAAAAUCACGGAACUGUGGGCGACAACCGGCCGAGGUUUCCCCCCCACAACCAUGGACUACGAGAACUACAGCUAUGUCGAGUUGGUCGAGUACGGAGACGUGGAGGAGACCCACGCCGCGACCCCGACCCUCCAGACGGAGACGCUGCACCUCGUCUCCGUGGUGAUCUACAGCAUCUCCUUCGUGCUGGGGCUGGCUGGCAACGGCGUGGUCAUCUGGGUGACGGCGUGUAAGAGCAAGCGGACUAAGAACAGCCUGUGGCUGCUCAACCUGGCCGUGGCCGACUUUGUGUUCGUGCUCUUCCUGCCCUUCUCCAUCGACUACGUGCUGAAGGACUUCCACUGGGAGUACGGCCGGGUCCUGUGCAAGCUCAACUCCUUCGUGGCCGUCAUGAACAUGUACGCCAGCGUGCUGUUCCUCACCCUGCUCAGCGUGGACCGCUACGUGUCUCUGGCGCACGCCGCCUGGUGCCAGCGCUCGCGGCUGGCCCGCUGCCCGCUGGCCGUGUGCUGCUGCACGUGGGCGGCGUCGGCGGCCCUCAGCUCCCCCACCCUGGUGUUCAGGGACGUCGCUCACUUCCAGGACAAGGUCUACUGCUACAACAACUUCCCCGCGCCGUCGACCCACGUGGUCAUGGUGGCGGUCCGCACCACGGUGGGCUUCCUGCUGCCGUUCAGCGCCAUCGGCACCUCGGGGCUCCUCCUGGUGCUGAAGGUGCGGCGGUCCGACGGAGCCGUGCGCGUGUCCAGCUUCUCCAAAAUGGUGUCCGUGGUCAUCCUGGCGUUCUUCCUGUGCUGGGCGCCGUUCCACACCCUGAGUCUGAUGGAGCUGUUCGUCCACACCUCGCGGUCGGGGUUCCUGAGCGGGCUGCUCAGGAUGGGCUUCCCCCUGGCAACCAGCCUGGCCUUCUUCAACAGCUGCAUCAACCCCAUGCUCUACCUGUUCCUGCACAAGAAGGUGAGGAGCAUCCUGAAGAGGGCCUGCCUCGAGAUCACCAAGAACUCCAUCAGGGAGAUCAACCACUCCAUCUCUGCGUCCCAAACCUCCUUGGUGGAGGACCUGCCCCACAGUCUCACGGAGAUGCCCGUUGAUUCGUCUACGGUGACGUCGGAGGUCCCAGAACAUGCACAGUGAUGACAGGGUUGAGGAAGCUCUUUUUCUUUAGGUUCAGUUUGCUGGAUUGGUCACGCACCCGAUGGGACAUACCUUUAACUCUUUAAAUAGACCACUCUUAGAAUUCAAUUUAUUCGAGUUCUUAUAGAAUUAGUAUGGUUUAUACAAGUCUGGCACUCUAACACAGAUUAACCGAUGUGUCUGUCCUUUCUUUUGCAGUAAUUUGUAUUUUUUUUUUACUUAUUGUAGCCGCUGAUGUCUAUUUCGAGUUCUGUACUUCUAUGACUAAAGGAUUUAUUGAAAUAUGUAUUAAUAUAUAUAUAUAUAUAUAUAUAUAAAUAAAAUAUGUAUUUAAGUUUAUUACGACGUAUUUGUUCAAAUAGUAUCGAACAAACUAAUAUAACCUACAAAUCAUUUGUACAAAUCAUUUAUUAAAAAACUCAUUAAGACAAAGGACCUAAUUUAAAAAGAUUCACAAGCUGAAGUUUUUGGUUUAUAGCCCCUCAAAUAUGGUGCUAGGAUGUUUAAAUAAAUAUGCAUUUCCUGUGUGCCAAGCCUUGUUUCGGAGCCAUAUCCUGUUAUCCUUCUCUGGCCUUGGAACCUCACCCUGGUUGUGUGGGGGUCGAUUCUAACUGUUGUCACAGAUAGAACUGUGUGUCAAAGACACACAGUUCUGGUUAUAUGUAUAUAUAUUGGUUCUAUGUUCUAUCUGUACAUAUAAAGAGCCUUUGACAAUCAAUAAUUACAUUGGGAAACAUUUUUUUUAUUUUAUUUGAUUCUCUUCAAAUACUAAUCCUAUAACAUGCGUAACUUGUGAACUUAUAACUUUAUGAACUCACAUUUGAUUGCUACAGAAUAUGGAAAAAUAAAUAUAUUGGUAAAAAGCCUG